AUGUCCUCCGAGCCAAAGAUCUCAUGCAGCCAUUGUGGUGGCCUUUUUUCUCGCCGUGGUAUCAAAAGACAUGAGGUUUCCUGUCAGCGAGACUUGCACCAGCGUGUUGCCGAUACACGUUUCGAGAAAGCAGUUUUACAACCGACCUACGUUACGUCAAGUGUUUCUCCAUCAGAUUCUCAUGUUGAUGAAGCCAAUAGUUUUGUGGACAUACCCGAUAGUCCUGUGACAUCAGAAGCCGAGAACGGAGACCCAGAGCUUCAAGUUGAUGACAUCCAAACAAUAUUCCACCCAUCCAGUGGUAAAGCGACCAUAAUUGACCAUUUUGAUCAGUACCGGUCCCGAGCAGCAGAUCAACAUAUUGAUCCUCCGAUCGAUCAAUGUCCCUGGCAUCCCUUCUCAUCCCAUCGGGAUUUUAACAUCGCAGAAUUUGUCCUAGAUGCUGCACUUAGUGAAAGGCAAAUGGACAAGUUUUUCAAGCUGUUGAAAUCCUCGGCACUAGAUGAGGCACACCUUACUCCUUCAGAUAUCAAAACUAGAAAGGAUGUGAAAACUAGCUGGGACCGUGCAGCAAACUUGGUUACUCCUUUUGAAAAGCAUACCUGUUCUAUCAAGCUUCUCGACAAGGAAGUUUGCUUUGACGUUUAUUGCUUGAAUCUAUGGAACUGGAUACUAGAACUUGUCAAGGACUCUACACUGGAGCCGCAUUUUGUUUGGGAUGCUACCCACUUAUCAAAGUGGAAUGGGUCCACAUUUGAAAGGUUUGUCAAUGAACCUUGGACUGCCCAAGCAUUUUGGGAUCUCCAAACGGCCCUGCCAGAGGGUGGAAAGCCAUUGUACAUUAUCCUGUAUGCAGACAAAACCCGUCUAUCAUCAUUUGGGACUGCACAAGGUUAUCCAGUAGUGGCGCAUUGUGGAAAUCUGCCCGUUCACAUUCAGAAUGGAAAAGGAGUUGGCGGUGGACAUGUUGUUGGUUGGUUGCCAGUGAUAAAGGAGGAUCCAAAACAUACCGGAAAGAAAUAUUAUGUUGAUUUCAAGCGUCGUGUAUGGCAUACAGCGAUGAAGUAUGUUCUGGAAACAAUGGUUGAUCCCAGUAGGGCAAUGAUGGUUCUGAUACGAGGCGUUAAUGGUGACGCACCAUGUCCAAUUUGCCUAGUUCCCAAGCUAGAACAAUAUAAUCUGGAGAUGGAAUAUGAACUCCGAACUUCUGAACGUACCAGAGAAAUUCUUCAAAGGGCCAGAGGACUUAGGACCCAGGAAUUGUGGGAUGAUUAUCUUGGUGAGUUUGGGCUGCGAAACAUUGACGAUGGUCUCUUUGGGCAUCAUCUUCGAGGAGAACUUGUCCGUCGUAUCAAAGCUCUUGGACAUGCUUAUGCUAGUCAAGCUGAUAAUCAAGUUCAAAAGUUUCCUCGUUGGAGGGAUUUGAAUCAUUUUGAAAGUGGCUUCAUGGCAGUUACCUUCACCGAUGGCACUAAGUAUGAGGAUCUAUCAAAGCAAAUUAUAUUUGUCACACACAACAUACUCAGCGAGACACAGGACAGCCAUGGAUAUCAUUUAUUGAAGUGCAUCCGUAGCUACCUUGUUCUCAAUGUGUAUGCAGGGUUUACUCUUCAUACUGAAAGUUCUAUAAAGGCUCUCCGAGAGGAAAGCACCAAAUUUGGAAAGCUGAUCAAGGAGUACCAAGAACUCACUCGAACAGUUAGCGAGAAACCAAAGUCUUGGAACUUUCCGAAGGUACAUUCACACCGGCAUCUCCCUGACGACAUUCUGGCAAAAGGAGUAUCCCGGAAUUACGACACCAAGCCCAAUGAAAAUAUGCAUGGUCCACUCAAGGAUGCAUAUCAGCUAAGGACGAACUUCAAAGAGGUCGCUGAGCAGAUCCUCCGAAUAGAUUCAUGGUGCAAUGCCGCAGGCUUUAUACAGCAGCAAAUCGACGUUCAGGAUGAGUUGCUAAAGGCGUGGCAGGAUUCCCAGCAGGCAGAUGAAGAAAUAGAGGACGAGAUGGAAGAACAGCUGCAUGAUUACUCUGGAAAAGCCACAUUGCAUGGAAAUCGUGGUAAAGGGGGCGGAAUGAUGUCGAUAAAGGAGUUGAUGGAUUCAAAGCGGGAGGAUAUAGCCUUCAAAAAGUUUUCGGAAAAGCUAUCAAAGUAUGUGAAGGAUUUGUUUAAAGACCUACCCCAUGUUGUUCCUGUUGUCAAUGGCAACAAGUUCCAGUUCGAGCAGUUUAUUGGGGACGAAAAGAUCUGGCUCUACGGAACAAUCAAAGUCAACUAUGAAAGCACUGUGAACUGGACAUUACUUACUGACAUUUUGCGGUGUAGUCCCAACUUCCACAACCAUCCAAGAUAUGACUGCGUAAUUGUUAAGGAUGAUGAUGGUCCAUAUUUUGCUCAACUUGUACAGGUCUUUACCUGCAACAUUGGUGGCAAAGAUUUUCCGCUCGCCCUCAUCCAACCAUUUACGGAGGCAGUCAGCCUGACUACAGCAAAGCUCGAUGAAGACCUUGGCUUUUAUCGUGUCUCUGCAAAGAAAAGAGAUGAAUGUAUUUUCAUAUCGAUUUAUUCCAUUAUCCGAGGUGCGCUGUUGGUCGAGGACUUUGGAUUUAACAGAGGUUCCACCAACCAGUCCAACCAGUCCAAAGAGUACUUAGUCGUGGACGUUGUGGACGAGGAUAUGUAUCUCUGCAUGAAGGCAUUGGCCUACAUAGGCAAAAGGCAUUGA